CCCUAUCCAAAUCUCUUUGUUAAAUUCCAACCCUUCAAAAGAAAAAAAAUCUAGGAGACUUAGAGAUAGAAAAACUCAUCUUCUUCUCAUCAAAAACAUAGAAAAUAAUAUAGAGAGAAGAAGAGAAAGGUAGACUUCAAAAAAUACAAAGGAAGAGGUUAAUAUUACAAUGGCUCAAUCAAUGAUGCUUAUGUCCAAUGUUGCAGGACAAGGUCUAAACUUCAAAAGAGAAGCAUUGGUUGAUAGAUUGAAACCCAAGCCAUUUUCUCAUUUCUUACUUCCUUCAAGCCUUUCUUCUCCUUCUACUUCUUCCUCUUCUAAAACAUUCACUACUUUUGCUUUGUUCAAGUCCAAAACCAAAGCUCCAGCCAAGAAGGCCGCACCAGCACCAAAGCCAAAGGUAGAAGAUGGUAUUUUCGGAACAUCCGGAGGAAUUGGAUUCACCAAGCAAAACGAGUUGUUCGUUGGUCGUGUUGCUAUGUUGGGAUUUGCCGCAUCCUUGUUGGGAGAAGCAAUUACUGGUAAAGGAAUUCUAUCGCAGUUGAACUUGGAAACUGGAAUCCCAAUUUAUGAAGCAGAGCCCCUACUUCUUUUCUUCAUUUUGUUCACUCUCUUGGGAGCUAUUGGAGCCCUUGGAGACCGUGGUAAAUUCGUCGACGAUGCACCUGCUACCGGAAUUGACAGAGCCGUCAUCCCACCCGGAAAGGGAUUCAGAGCUGCUCUAGGUCUCAAAGAAGGAGGGCCCGUAUUUGGAUUCACAAAGUCAAAUGAGCUAUUUGUUGGAAGAUUAGCACAACUUGGAGUUGCAUUCUCUAUCAUCGGAGAAAUCAUCACAGGGAAAGGAGCUUUAGCACAACUAAACAUUGAAACUGGUGUCCCAAUCGGUGAAAUCGAACCACUUGUGUUGUUCAAUGUUGUCUUCUUCUUCAUUGCUGCUUUAAAUCCUGGUUCUGGAAAGUUUGUAACUGAUGAUGGAGAAGAAGAAUGAUUAGCAAAUAAGUUUACUAAUCAUUUGUAUGAUGGAUGGUUGAAGUGUGGGUUAGAUGGAUGGAUUCGUUUCUUGUUUUUUGUUUAACUUGGUGUAAUCAAUAAGAAUACAAUGUACAAGAUUGUUUAUUGUGUUAGUAUUUAGUAUCGAACCAAAUCUAAAUAUGAGUUUUGUGAGUGUUUUCACGUCCCUUAA